AUGGCGAAAAACGCGAUGGCCGAUGCGAUGCCUAUGGCUGCCGCCCCAAUGGAAUCUGCGGAACUUGCCAUGGGUGGCGAGGACAAAGCACAGCAAAGUGGUCAGGAGACUACGGACUUGGUCGAUCCAACGGUUCGUUCCAACUUCGCCGACACCGCGCUGUGGGUUGGGACCGUCGAAACGAAUGAAAAAGGGGAAGCCGAGUUCAAGCUCGAUCUACCAGAGAAUCUGACGUCUUGGAAGAUUCGUACCUGGGCGAUGGGGCACGGCACGAAAGUUGGCUCGGCAGAGUCCGAAGUCGUGACGCGAAAGAACUUGAUCAUUCGACUCCAGGCUCCACGUUUCUUUGUUCAAAAGGACGAAGUGGUUCUUUCUGCGAACGUUCAUAACUAUCUUGAUUCCGAAAAAUCGACAGUCGUUUCGCUUGACAUUCCGACCGGACUGAUGACGAGCCAGUCGCCACUUACCCAAAAGGUGACCAUUCCCGCAGGCGGUGAGGUUCGUGUUGAUUGGACUGUCAAAGUAACCGGGGAAGGGGAAGCGACCAUCACCAUGAAGGCGCUGACCGACGAAGAAUCGGAUGCCAUGCAGCAAAGCUUUCCAGUCUUUGUGCAUGGGAUGCUUAAGACAGAGUCGUGGACCGGUACCGUCCAGCCGGAACAAGAUUCCCAGAGCGUGACCAUCCAGGUUCCGGAAGAUCGCCGUCCUGAGGACUCGCGAUUGAUCGUUCGCUACUCGCCAAGUCUGGCCGGAGCGAUGGUUGAAGCGUUGCCCUAUCUGGUCGACUAUCCUUACGGAU